AUGUCCACAUUCGGCAGACAUUUUCGGGUCACCACCUAUGGCGAGUCACAUUGCCGUUCGGUUGGAUGUAUUGUGGAUGGCUGUCCGCCUGGAAUGCAACUGACAGAGACGGAUAUACAACCGCAACUGACCCGGCGGAGACCUGGUCAAUCCGCAUUGACUACCCCAAGAAACGAAAAAGAUCGGGUCGAAAUCCAGUCAGGGACUGAGUUCGGUGUAACGCUUGGGACGCCCAUCGGUCUCAUAGUACGGAAUGAAGACCAACGGCCAAAGGAUUACGGCGGAAAGACAAUGGAUCUCUACCCUCGACCGAGCCACGCCGAUUUUACUUACCUAGAAAAGUACGGCGUGAAGGCGAGCAGUGGCGGAGGCAGAAGCAGCGCCCGUGAAACGAUAGGCAGAGUGGCCGCCGGUGCCAUUGCAGAGAAGUACUUGUCUCUGGCGCAUGGUGUUGAGAUUGUCGCCUUUGUUACAUCGGUGGGAGCAGAGCACCUUUUCCCUCCAACCGUCGAUCAUCCGUCGCCUUCAACCAAUCCAGAAUUUCUGUCUCUGAUCUCAAAAGUCACGAGACAAGAAGUCGAUUCUUUUAUUCCUGUUCGAUGUCCAGAUGCAGGUGCCAUGGAGCGCAUGACGAAAGUGAUCGAGAAGUUCCGCGACGCCAGUGACAGCAUUGGGGGAACAGUGACUUGUGUGAUCCGAAAUUGCCCGAUCGGGCUUGGAGAACCUUGCUUUGACAAGCUCGAAGCAGAGCUGGCCAAAGCUAUGCUGAGCAUACCAGCUACCAAAGGCUUUGAGAUCGGUUCUGGAUUCGGCGGUUGUGAAGUACCAGGUUCAAUCCAUAACGACCCUUUCAUGGCCACAGGGCCGGAUGAUAGCGGGAAAAGGAGAUUAAUUACCAAAACAAACAAUUCUGGCGGAAUCCAGGGCGGUAUUACGAACGGGCAACACAUUUAUUUCAGAGUAGCCUUCAAACCUCCCGCAACGAUCGGGCAGGCACAGCAAACGGCCACAUUCGCCGGUGAAGAUGGUCUUCUGGAGGCCAAAGGUCGACAUGAUCCCUGUGUCGUCCCCAGAGCCGUGCCAAUCGUCGAGGCUAUGUCGGCUUUGGUUGUAAUGGAUGCUCUCCUUUCACAAGUCGCCAGGGAGAGCGCCAGGAGCGCUCUGCCCCCCCUGAAGACAACGCUACCGGCCAAAGAGACGGGCACUGCGGCGGAUUUCAAAAAGGUCGGCGAGCAUCUCAAGGCUGUGUCAAGCAAUGGCACGAACUGA